GUAAGUGCACGGAGUUUGUCCUCCUUCACCGAGUACAUAACUUGGAUCGGAGUAUAUAUUGCCAAGUGAGGCCAUAAAAACUUCAAUCGACAUUUUGUUUUUUACUCCUCAUCGAUUCGCUUAUACCACAAAACACUUUUAAGCGCCCAUAAGUUUGGUGAAUUAAGUCAUGCAGAAUUUACUACUGACACGAAAAACAGAUUCUAGUCUAUCAUCCUUAAGACAGUUUUAUUGUGAAUCCAGUCGUGAGCAUCUUUUAUACGUGAUAUCAAAGAUGUGAUAUUUCUACAUUUUUGUAAGGAUACUACAUUGGUGGUGAAGUGUGUAAGUUGGCAGAGUCGUGUGGACUGUUGAGUACGGUUCAAUAAUUAUGGAUGCCAUUAUUUUAUGCUGUUUGACUUAAAACGUCUGUGCAAGACAACCAGGGAGCACACACACCAACUUACAAUGGCCGAAUUUAUUGGUAAAUACCUAUGCCCGUGCCUCCCACUGGAAAACGUCAGUGGGCGAAGAAGUGCCAGAUCCAAGGUUAGAGCCUUGGCCAGGAAACGCCACAAAAACAAUCAAGGUGGACAGAUGAGUACGAGUGGGGUGGAAGAUUCGGUGACAAUCACUCGAAACGGGAGCCUUACCAUAUUUUCGAUCUCGGGAGCAGGGGACGAUGUUCAUGGCUACGGGGAUGCUCUCCGGGAUAAAGCCGAGCUGCCGGGAACAGUAUCCACCUCGGAUGAUAAAGAAGCAAGCACGGAGGAACUCAAAUACAAUGUUGCGGACGGCACUAGGGUAUUAUCAACAGAGACAUUAAUGAGGAUUCCACAGCCCAGCAAAGCAUACGUUAGUAAUGUCAGGAUGAGAAGGCUCAUGAAAGAAUUCAAAGCGGUGACGAAAAUUACCGAGGAUGCAAGGAAAAUGGAAUCGGAGGAAAAUGAACGACGUGCAAAUGAAAACUUAGAUGUAGACCAAAAUAAAGAUGUAUUGAAAGAGGAAGUUCACACCAAAGACGGUGAGAAGAGUGAAUUGGUAGAAGAAAAUUCUGAAGCAAAACUAGAGAGCAGUGAAAAUAAAACCGACAAAGAAGAUGAUUCUGCAAAGGAAUGUAACAAUAAAUCUGAAAGUGACACAGAAGCUGCAGCUAGUUGUUCCACAUCUACGGUAGAUGACACGAAAGAGAAUAGUGAAAGCCAAUCACUGGAAGGGGCAGAGGCAGUCAAAAAAGCAUUAUCAGAUGGUGGCUUCAUGACUAAUGAGAAACUAACAGGACCACCAUACGAGGUGGAGUUAGUCAAUGAUAGCCUGGCCGAUUGGAAUAUCAAAUUGUUUCACGUCGAUCCAAAAUCGGCUCUACACAAGGACAUGAAAAAGCACAACUUCGAGUACAUCCUGUUCAAUAUGACCUUCCCUGACAACUUCCCCUUUUCCCCACCGUUCGUCCGCGUUGUCAGCCCACAUGUCGAAUACGGUUAUGUUCUUGAUGGUGGUGCCAUCUGCAUGGAACUGCUCACUCCGCAAGGGUGGUCUAGUUCCUACACCAUCGACGCCGUCAUCAUGCAGCUUGGUGCGACGCUAAUAGCGGGGGACGGUCGAAUCGUGCAGUCUGGGUUUCGUACUGAGGUCCCAUUCAACAAACAAGAGGCUGAGGUCAGUUUUCGCGCCAUCGUGGAGACGCACGAGCGAUAUGGAUGGCAUAAGACACCAGGAGACAACAGUUGAUCGAAGAGAUUAGAGUUCUUUGUUUUUUAAUGUACGGUUAAUCUUAUAAUCACCUUGAGGAUAGUUUGUUUCGGGAAACGCAUAAACGAUGGAAUGCAUAAUGCAAUGUGAUGUAAAUUCAGCUCAUUGUCGUGGCAAACUACCACAGUAAGGAGCAUCACUGAAGCUUUUGUUUCUUUGAUAUUCGGUGAUGUUCUCCAUUGGAAGCACAAUUAUGAAUGGGUGAAGUAAAUCCGACGAAGGAUAGGGAAUAAUGUAGUGCGAGUUAAGCUGUGAGCGACGAUCUGAUCUUUGUCGUCCCGAGGCAACCCUAAAGCCUUCUGGAGAUUAUGAAUGUCUUUCACCUCUUUACAUUUGUAGAUAAUGCAAUCAAAUUAUAUGUCACCGCAGCAAGACGUCAUCAGCAUUUUUAAACUGUCAUAUUAUUUUGUACAACAUUACUUCACUAUUUGAAAAUAAAGGACUGUAAGUUAUCACUGAAAAGUUUUUCAAUUUGCAUCUGUUAUCAAGUAUCAUCAAGUUUUCUUCUUGAUCAUGCUUGAAAUAUUCUGUCUAUUACACCGAAUUAUGCACGUAAUCAUGGUAGUGUUUUGGUAAGAAGUAUUCAUCUUUUCAUUUGCGAGUUUUCAUCGAUAAAAAGCAAAAGUUUGUGAUGCCCACGAAAUCAUUCAAUUUCUUAUGGGAUUGCAUUAUUAGUAUUAAUCCAAUAAAGGCAAGAAAAGGUAUACCAAUUAGGUCGACCUACAUGUACUUGGGCUUAGUAUCAAUAAUGGAUGUUCUUAUCUUGAAACGUCUUAAUGAGGUAUCAACUCUUUUCUUUAUUACAUUUUUUAUACCAAUGCAUUGACCUAUUUUCAAUGAUAACAACACUACGUGUAAUGUAAGCUUACUCUUUGCUUACAUCUAAUGUUGCUAUGUCCGGAAAUCCUCUGGCUAAUCUGCAGGAUGCCAAGUCCAAGCUUUGUUAUUAUAUCUAAAAUUAUCCUUUUAAUAUGGUACAUACCACAUACGCACGAGUUCACCUCACUUCGUAAUUGAUUACAGCAUCACACUGUGAAUAUUUUGGGGUUUAUAUAAUAUUAACAAUAAUAUUCUUAUCAAACUUAUGACAAUUUGACUUAAAAGUCAAUCCUUGCAUCUGAUUAGCUGAUUGAGUAAAGGUCCGUCAGUAAUGAUCCACAAGUUUGGCUGUAAAGGUGAACAAGUUCAUAGAAGCAGUGAGUGGGGGAGAGGUAGAUUAUUGGUGAGAAAUAUCAGAGUUGUAAUUAUGAAAUGAAUAAACCUGUGAUGUAUCGGCAACAAGGACGGCAGAUUGCAAUGUGGAGAUUAUGAAGGAUUCUAUUACUUUGAGAGGUUAUUGUAAGCGAUAUACGAUCUGAGUAAACAUAACAUGAUUUCAUUACACUACUUCAAUUUAUAAGAAAACAACGCCGUAGCCUGAAAAAUCAUUAACUUCUGUUGGAUAUUGGCCGUAGGGUGUAAGUAAGUCGAACCGACUGAGCAUAAUUAGUCUUUAUCCGGAUAAAUCUAAUGCAUACUGCACUCUAUAAAGACUGAGUAAAAAUUACCCAAUAUUGGGUAGACAGGCAACAAGCAUGUUUGCCGGGUAUUUUAUUCACCACAUUUUUUGCUAUUUGAACGCAACAUUGCGUAAAAUGUAUAAAAUAUUUGUUAUCUUUUUUAACCAACAUGCCUGUUCCAUUUUUAUCCAAUAUUGGGUAAACUUUUUUUUUAGAGUGUAGACACGUUAGAUAAUCGGAUGGACGGUUUCAUCUUAGGAUGGUAAGGUUCAUUAGUACUCAUUUACAUCCAGCAAAUUGAUAUCUAAUUGCGCUGCCUAUAUGGGGAUGUUAUUUUACAACCCUGCCAAUAGUAGUAACAGAAUAUUGCAAGCCCAUUAAGUUCCCAGUCUGUGCAUAUUCCAAUUCUGAUUCUUUUAGUUGUCAUGGAAACGUAACAUCUGAUUUUGUAUGAAUGGGUUCUUAAUUAUUAAGAUGGACUCACUGUAAAUGGGCCUUGGCCCAGGGUAAUGGAUGUUGUGUAUAGCAGUAUAUCUGCUAGGACUUUCUCUUUUCGUUUCCUGAUUCAGAAGCUUUCCUAGGAAGCCCUAUCAGAGAGUUCGCCUCCAGAAUCUUCUAUAAAAAGGUUAUUUUUAUUCUUAGAUUAUUUUUUCAGGCAUGGCAGGAGUGUUUUGUUCUUGAAAACAAGGCAGACAAGUUCUGAGUUUAGUUUAUCUACUAUCUCUGACAGAAUCUAAAAAUUACUUUUAUUGUCUAGAAGUAAACCCAUCAUGCUAACAGCGAAGAAUUGACAUUUUUAACAAAAUUGUAUUAAUUGUAAUUAAUGCUAAAUAUAUCCCAUUUUGUAUUUCCUCUCAAUGUUGCCUUCUUUCUAACGUUGUUACUGCCAUUUUAAAGAUUAUUAUAAAGUUUGAGUCUUGUAAUUGUUUCUAACAGUUUAUGUGAUUGGAACUUUCGCGCCAAUUCAACAGACCUCUAAUUGUUUUACCAUAGCAACGAGAGAUUCAGGAUAUCAUAUACUGGAAUGGUUACACUACAAAAAAGUCCUUGAGUAUCUAGGUCUAUUGUAUAAAUCAAUUAUGAAUUUGCAACGAUUCUGCAUUCAUAUUGAAACAUUUUCAUGAGGUAGGGCAUUUUAUCCUGUCUAGUUAAUUUGUGACUGGUAAAAUACACGGGAUGUAAUUGUAAAAAAAAUGUAAAAGUCAGUUAGCGCGUAGUACGAGCACUCAUUUCAGUAUGAUAACACUCGAUUUGAUUCAGUCAUUUUUUCUGUUGACAGAUUAGAAAAAAGUGAAUUAAAAUCAACUGUAGCAAAAAGGUACAGAAAUCCCUGUAUUACUGACACAAAGAACAAUUAACCGGAAUUAUUUCAUAGGCUGAAAAUUCAAAAAGAUUAGUUAAAAGCCCAGAACCAUUCACAUUCUGAAAAAAAAAGAUCAGCAUCAAUAAUAAAUGGAGCCGCCUAUAACUCCCGAGCCCCAGCUAUAUACGCUUACAACAGAAAGUACGCGUAGUUGCUAUUGCAAUUACAGCGAGAGGGUCCUGUCAAAUAUUUAUACAUCAUAAUUGCAAUUCCGUAUUAUUUUUGGUAUUACAAGCAGCCUUGACUCGUCUAGAUACAUUGCGAUCGCAUAAUACAGUGUUGCAUUCUCGAGAGAAUCUAUAAUUAUAAACCCAGGAUCGCACUGAAUUGAUUAGCCUUGCCUCGAACAAUAGGCUUUUUCGUAUCACUAAUUUGAAUUUAAAGUGGGUUGUUGCUACAAAAGAUUUUAAAAUCGGUGGAUAAUCUGAAUAGAUGUAUGGAGUUUUAUUUUUUAAUAAGAUCAUAUUCAAUGAUAGCGAUUAACUGAUUAAGUCUUUCUUAUCAAAUAGAUUAUUAUGUAGUCUGCCAUCAUCAAGCUUCUCAAUAUGUAAACAAAUUACGCCCAUGUAUUUAUCAUUUUAUUUCAUUUGAACUUUCGUAGCUUUGUCUUUGUUAAUAUUAAUCAGGGUAGGUAUAUAUUACAUGUUUUUUCGACAAUUUGUCGUUGUUGCGAUAAAUACACAAUGAAUCUGACGAAUACACCGUAUUUU